UCACUAGCAGUUGCGUUCGUAUUGUGUACAGCGUUGUACGUUUCGCGUAUCAGUUAACGGGCUCUCGUACACAGACGCGUACGUGUGAGAAUUACGAACAAUAUAUAUUUUUAAAUAGUGCUGUGAAUAGUGUAAUUAUUAUUUUUUCUUGUGAAGUAUAAUUUAAAAAAAAAGAUAAGGAUGAGGGAAGACAGGAACGAGAAUGUAGCAGACGUGACCGUCAAAGAACCAGACAAUCACACGGAAGAAACACAAGAGACUCCAGAAGACAACCUAGAAGAUAACCCAGAGGAUAAUAUGCAAAAGCAGAUAAACUCUGCUGUGAAUAACGAAACAAUGAAAUAUACAGACGCCGCUAUUAGACAACGCGAAAAUGAAAAGACAUACAUUCAAAAUAUUAAGAAUUCUAGUUCAGGACUUACCUUAGGAGAUUUGAAAGAAGAAGCUUUACUAAGUGAUUCUAAAACUGUUACAAGAUUUUCACCGGGUUGGAAUCAGACCCUGGCAUCAACAGCAGCUAUCGUAAUGACCUUCACCGCCGGUCUCACCUCAGGUUACUCAGCCAUCCUACUGCCUCAAUUGAAAGGAAAUGACAGCACCAUCCCUUGUGAUGAAAGCACCGCCUCUUGGAUUGCGGCAAUGGCAGCGCUACCGAUGGCUCCCGGUUGUUUAAUUUGUGGUUGGCUCAUGGAAAAGUUUGGCAGGCGAAACGCACACUACAUGGUCAGCGCCCCGUUCCUUCUCGGCUGGAUCCUCAUCGCCUGCGCUAACAACCUUGCCCUCAUCCUCCUUGGAAGAUUCUUCACAGGCCUUUGCGUCGGUCUGAUCGGACCUCUUGGCCCUGUAUUUAUCAGUGAAACGUCCAGUCCACAAUUGAGGGGAAUUUUCCUCGCAGCCAUAUCGUUGGCCAUCGCUUUUGGUAUUUUCGUAGCACAUCUCAUCGGAACUUGGGUUCAUUGGCAAUGGACGGCAAUAAUUUGCUCUAUAUUCCCAAUAAUCUCAGUACUUCUUUUAAGUCUGAUCCCAGAAAGUCCAACAUGGUUGAUAUCUAAGGGACAAAUUGAAGAUGGUGUGAAAGCAUUCAAUUGGUUGAGAGGAUACGACGAAGAAGCCAGGGCAGAAUUAAAAGCAAUCAUAGAUAAACGCAAAACCGCAGACUUGGAGCCAACCCCAACACUCAGAGAAAAGAUUGAGAGUCUUAAAUCACCUGAACUCAUAAAACCCUUAUUUAUAAUGAUCGUUUUCUUCGUGACGUGCCAGUUUUCAGGAGUUAAUGCUGUCGCAUUUUAUUCGAUAGAAAUAAUUGAGAAAGCGGUUGGUAAAGGAAUAGACCAUUACGUCGCAAUGUUGGCGAUAGACUUAUUAAGAACCGUUAUGUCUGUAGUGGCAUGUGUCACUUGCAAGAAAUAUGGCAGACGACCUCUAUGUUUAAUCAGCGGUGUCUUCACCGCUUUGUCUAUGGUUGGCCUAUCAAUGUUCCUCUACUGGACAGAUGGCAAACCGACAAACCUAACAUGGAUCCCGCUGUCAUGUCUGAUGGCUUACAUAUGUGCCAUAUCUAUAGGACUGGUUCCGUUGCCCUGGAUGAUGUGUGGAGAAGUUUUCCCAACUAAAGUAAGGGGCCUUGGUUCAGGAAUCAGUUCCGCAACAACUUUCGUCUCAUUCUUCAUCGUUGUGAAAACUGCCCCAGGAAUGAUGUCUGAUUUAGGAGAGGUACUCACAUUCCUCUUCUACGGUAUUGUAGCACUCGUUGGUACUGGUAUCCUAUUCUUCAUUUUACCUGAAACGAAAGGUAAAAGCCUACAAGAAAUCGAAGAUAAAUUUAAGAGUGGAAAAAUAAGUAUAGCCUAAUUUUUAUAUAUGUCUAAGUGUAUAAAUUUAAGUAAUUCCAUUGAAAUCAAAUCUCGCUCAAAGCGCAAAUUAUGUACUGUCUGUGAUAUUAUAGUUUUUAAAAAUUUAAUAAAUAUAAAUAUGUUAUAUUAUGA